UUCAUCAUUUUUGCCACGAGCGGAAUUUCUCAGAGCCGAUCUCAUCAUCGUCGUCGUCGUGUUGUUGUUGUUUUACUUUUUGCUCGGCAUGUUGAAAAGUAUGCUCGUUUGGUGGCCCUCUUUUCGAGUGUAUUUACAGAUUUUUAGCUAGCAGCAUUCUCGGCAGCAGCAGAAGAAGAGCAGCAUGGUCACACACACACAGAGCAUCAUCAAUUCUCGAGUCUCCUCGUUCCGUCGUUUUUCUUCUUCUUCUUCAUCAUCACACACCAAAAAUUCUCCAUCCACACUCGGAAAUCAUUUGUUUCGCACUACUCUACAAUUUCGCGACGACGCUGUUUUGCUAAACUUCUUCUAGAGUCGUCCUUCAAUAAAUUGGUGAAAAGACGGGGUGAUUAUCGUUAUUUGUAGUUAUCAAGAGGAAUUUAUUUAGUGCUAGAAGGACGACACGAGUCUGUGAAGGUGAUAAGAUAACACACAAGUUGAUUUUUCUCCGUGGAUCUUUUACUAUUAGUGUGUAUUGUGUGAGGAGGGUAAUAAUAUUUAUAUUUUUUUGGAUAAGCAAAAAAAGGAGGAUAAGAGGUGAUUUGUUGUUCUUAUUAGGUAUUUAUUUUAGUGGAGUUUUUAGGAUAAGAUUAGUUUGUAGUUGGUGGCGUUGUAGGUAUGCAGCAAGGUCUUUUUUGUUCCAUUCAUGGCAAGUUCAUGUUUUUUAUUGUCGUCACAUAGUCUGAGUUUAAUUGCUUUUUGUCAAAUUCGAUCAAUUAAUUUCAUUCAGAGGUUUCAUAAUAAAAGUGAAGUUUUAUUUAGGCAUUGUUGAAUGGAGUGAAGGUUAACGCACGUUAUGCAAUUAUUCAUAAAAAAUAUAUUUCAAAAUGGAAAAAUAAGUUUAUAGUUGCAAUUCAGUCACGUUCUCAGGUUGUGCUUUUUUGAGGUUAGGCUGGCGAGGAGGUGGUAGUUGAAACGAGAAAUUGUUGAAAUUUAGAUCCUACAAAAAAAGGUUCAUAUUACGCGUUUGAGUUUUUAAUGACAUGCACAGUUUAGUAAACAAUUCGUCGUUCUAAUGUAAACAAAAUGUGUGUAAUUAAUAACAUUUAACAUUUCUUGUGAAUUUUAUUUGUAUCCUGGUGUAGACUCUCUCGAGAAACUUGAAAAAGAGAUUAAAUUUGUAUCAAAAAAAGACGAAAUAAUAUCAAUUGAAUCUUGGGCGCUGGCGCUGCUGGUGUUUUUAUAAGUAUCCGACGAGUAUUUAGUUAAAUAUCAUGAUGUCCUCCUCCGAAGAAAGUCGCGGUGUAGAGAACGAUGCAUUGGCACUCCUCUCAUUGAAGGAUCCCACCCUGCAACAGUCUAGCAGUCAUCUCCAUCACCAUCUCUCUCAACACCAACCAAUUACAGUAUCUCCACGGCCAAGAAAGGUCAGUUGGUCAUCCGAUAUGAUGAUGAAACAACCGAUUGCACGGUUGGAAACUCGAGACUUUGAGUACCUGGUCAGAACCAAAAAAGUAACGAUUGGAAGGAAUUCCUCAUCGGGGACCGUGGACGUGAGCAUGGGAAACUCUUCAUUUAUAUCGCGAAAGCAUAUUGAAGUCCGCUACGAACCACCUCAUUUUUUCAUGAGCUGCCACGGGAAGAAUGGCGUGUUUAUUGAUGGGAUUUUUUAUCGAAAAGGCCCGCUCAUGACACCCCUUGCGCCAAAAUGCACUUUUAGAUUCCCUAGUACAAAUUUCCGUGUACAUUUCGACUCGUUGGUGAUCCCUCCCGAGGAUACAGAUGAAGAUAUGUACCAAGAAAACAAAGGAAUCGAUUUUUCCAGAACAGGCGGAUUCGUAGAAGGUUCAUCAUCUUCGAAAUCAGGGUUCUCUAUGCCGAGUGGGAGUGGUGGUGGUGCAUUGAAAAUCAAGUCAGAAUUGUCAUCCUCGGAUUCUCCACCACUUCCACACCAUCCUUUCCCAAAUGUAAUUUAUAAUAGACCAUCCUAUCCAGUUAGCAGUCGUUCUCGCUCUCCAACAAAUCCAUAUAAUCAACAUCACCAUCAAAGAAUUUCACCAAAUAAAAGUCAAACACCACUCAAAAUCAAUAUUCCUGAUCCCAGUGAAACAAACUUCUCAUCUCCGUUCCCAAGUCCAACAGGGACGAUCAGUGUGCCCAACUCUUGUCCCGCAAGUCCUGGUGGGGGUGGAACCCGUCGAAACAUUGGGGCAGAUAUACAUAUGGCAUUUAAAGCUGCUGCAUCUAGAUCGCAAGGAAUGUCGGAUGAUAAACAAGAGGACGAUGGGAAGCCACCCUUCUCGUACGCCCAGUUGAUUGUUCAGGCAAUUGCAUCCACGUCGGAUCAUCAGUUGACGUUGAGCGGAAUUUAUUCUUACAUUACGAAACAUUACCCUUAUUAUCGCACUGCAGACAAAGGGUGGCAGAAUUCCAUCCGGCAUAACUUGUCGUUGAAUCGUUAUUUUAUAAAAGUGCCUCGUUCUCAAGAGGAGCCAGGCAAGGGUUCAUUUUGGCGAAUCGAUCCACAAAGCGAGGCGAAACUUAUUGAUCAAGCAUUUCGCCGACGUAGGCAACGUGGAGUCCCUUGUUUUAGAGCUCCAUUCGCCCUGUCCUCCAGGAGCGCUCCUGCCUCACCUACGCACAUGGGAGGGCUGGCAACUCCAGAUUGUUUAUCACGAGAAGGGUCCCCCGCACCAUCUGACUAUUCGGAUAGUAUGCACUCGAUGACAAUGCCCAUCAAUCAACAACAUCAUUCUAAUAAUAACAAACAAAUCAGUCAAUCCGCUCCCGGGUCCCCCAAAAGUGGUGGAAGCUCCCUGAGCACAGUGUUACUCGGAAGUCAACAAAAGAUGGCUGUGCAACAGCACUUGCUUCCAUCGCCAACGUAUGCACCAUCGACAUCGCCGAAUGCGAGUAGCAUCACUUUAAAUGGGACGGAUGGAAGCAAAUCCGUCAUUCUGCAUAAUGCAGUGUCAAGUGGUCCAAGUACAAUUGUAGUUUUGCGUCAAGAUGAAGAACUUGGUGCAAAUCAUAAUCAAGGUCAAACUAUUAUUGUCCGUACUCCUAAUCUGGGGACUCCACCCACCACAAAUUUCUCAUCAUCAACUACAACCACCGGUUCAUCAAACCAACAACAACAACAUCCACCCUACUCAACACCAAUCUCUUCUUUGUCAUCUUCCGAGGCGCAAGUGAAAACUGAGGACUCGAUAUCUUCAAAGGAUGGGAUGACUAACGGUAAUGGACGUAGUGGGAACACUCUCCUUUCCGGAAAUACAAACGACUACCAAACUUACACAAUGCAGCAAAUCAUUACAGAAGCAUUAGAACGAAGUAAUGUUGGAUGUAAUAAUCGUACUGGUAGUUCUAGUAUUACGGCAAAUGAUGUGGGAGGAGUUGGAGGAAGUGGAGGUGAGCAACAAAAGGGACAAAAACGAGCAGAUGGUGAACAGGAGGAUGAACAAAACGAACAAAAUUCACAACAACAAAAUAAAAGGGUCAAGAUUUAGGAUGGAUUUAUUAGAUUUAUCUAUUAGUUGAGUUGGAGGGACGAGCGUAGUUUGGAUUAUUUUUAGAAAGUUUAAAAACUGUAAAGUAGGAAUAUAAAUGUAAGUACAACUAUUCUAAAUACUAGUGUAUGGAGAGAGUAUGUAUAGAGUGGUUGGUAACUGGUAUACCACUUUUCCUGUUGUGUGGGCUGGAUAAAUAUUUUAAUUAUUAACUAAAUUAAUUAUUAAUUCGGUGAUAUUGCAGCAUGGAUAGCGACGACGAGACGAUGACUUUGAUAUUCUGGUUUUUAUCAAGUCAGAUCUUUAUGAUAAAUGUAAUUUUUACUACUAUUGAUGAGCAGAAGAAGAGUAGGUGUGACUGAGUUUAAAGACGACGGACGGUUUUUAAAAGAAUCAACUGUGAAUAAUUCUAAAUUUAUUAAUCGUAUUUAAAAUUAAUUGUUACAAAUUUCUGCAGAUAUUUGAUAAUUGUACAGACGAUCGAUAAUACAGAGAGAAAGAGCAAAGAGUAUAAAGUAGUAAUCGAAAUGAUAAUAGGUGUGGUAUGAGAGUUUUAAAAUGGAUGAUCAUUAAACAAUAAAUGUGAUGAAAUAAUUUGUGUGUUAAAUUUAGCAGGAAUUUAGGGAAGGCGGAGACGUAUAAGAAAUGAAGGGUCGGGAAGUAGACGAGGAAAAAGUAGUUGAUAAGAUUUAGUCAGUUCUCAUUUUUCUUGAAAAAUCUUAUAAAAUGAGAAAUGAAAUAAAUAUUUGGAGAUGUUUUAAAAUUGAA